CUACCAGUUGACUUCACCUUGAUUAAUGAGUUCUGUGAAUGUUUCUUUACUGGUGGCACAACAGCUGUGAUCACCUUGUACAUGGUCUACUUCCUCCAAUGGAAUGAAAACACCUCUACUGCCACUUACCAUCUCUGUAAUGGCUUAAACUUUUUAGUCAGCAUCACAGAAGCUAUCCUUGCUGACUCUUGGUUGGAACAUUACAACACAAUCAUGAUGGGCCACAUUUUGUGUAUGAUGGGUCACAUGAUCCUAAUACUCAGUUCAGUGCCUGUGAAGGGAGAACAGUUGAUUCAUCUGAUCCUCUUUAUGUCAGGAUUCUCCCUGAUUGCCUUAGGAUCGGGCGUCAUUAAACCCUGUGUUGUGGCUUUUAUUGGAGACCAGUUUGAAGAAGAACAUUUUAGUAGCAGAGCACAAAGGCACCUGAAGGAUAAGGCACCUCCAAACCCAGACCAUAGUGACUUCCAGCCUCUUUGGCUGGAAGAUCCUGCCUUCAUUCUCUUUCCUCCAUUGUAUCAAUGUGUUGUGUUCUUAUUUGGAAGUGAGAUGUACAAAAUAAUUCUUCCAGAAGGAGACAAUAAAGUCUGCAAAUGCAUGUGGUUUGCUAUUUCAAACCGUCUGAAGAACCGCUCCAGUGAUAUUCCAAAGAGGGAGCAUUGGCUGGACUGGGCAGCUGAAGAGUAUCCAAAGCAGCUCAUUUUGGAGGUGAAAGCGCUGACCCAUGUACUGUUCCUGUACAUCCCAUUGCCGAUGUUCUGGGCUCUUUUCCAUCAGCAGUGGACUCUGCAAGUGACCAGGUUGAAUGGCAAUAUGGGAUUUUUUGUAAUUCAGCCUAAUCAAGUUCAGCUGUUGAAUCCCUUCUUGAUUCUCAUCCUCAUCCCAACAUUUGACUUGGUCCUCUACCCACUAAUCCAGAGGUGCCGAAUCAAUUUAAAACCCAUUACUAAGAUGGUUAUUGGAACAAUACUGACAGCCUUGGCAUUUGUUGCUGCAGCCAUUCUACAGUUUAAUGUGGAUCCCACGAGUCGGAGUGGGAAGCGGCGACGCUCGUCGUCGCCCGGCUCGGACUCUUUCUUGGGAUGCGGUAGCAGAAGCGGCGGCAGGAGAAGGGACAGAAGUAGCGAAGGUGUCGGUGUCAGUCCGCGGGAACCAGUGAGACCCGUGCUGAGCCCGCCCCCGGGCCUGGCGAGUAGCCUGCGGAGGGGCAGGCUCGGCUCGCCAGGUACGGCGGCCAACGGCCCUCGGAGGCCCGGGGAAGUUCAGCAAACACCAAAAUAUUCCAAACUCCUUCUGAACACUGAAAGCCAACAUUUCCAGUUUCAGCUACAGUCCAGUAGUUUAUCUGUCAGAAAUGAGCAUGUGGUAGAGGAGAAGAGCCGAUAUAGCUUGGUCAUUCAUAGAGAUGGAAACAGAGUGUCCAGCAUCCUGAUGAAAGACAUGGGAACCAGACCAACGAAUGGAAUGGCAGCUGUGAGAUUUGUUAACACUUUGGACAAGGAAGUGAAUAUCUCUCUAGGCAAAGGCAACAUUGUCACUGUCAGUGAAAACUAUAGUGUCUCUUCUUACAGGACUUUGGAAAGGGGAGAAUACCAUUAUGUGCCAUGCAGGACAGAUGAUGAGAAGUUCUUCCUAGACCUGGGCCUGCUGGACUUUGGUGCAGCAUAUAGAGUAUUCAUUGUUAAGAAGUCUGGAAAAGGCCCCUGGGCCUGGAAAACCAAGAAUAUUCCAGCCAAUAAGGUGUCUGUCUUGUGGCAGAUGCUUAUCACAGCUGGGGAGGUCAUGUUCUCUGUCACCAACCUUGAAUUCACAUACACUGAGGCUCCUCCCAGCAUGAAGUCGGUCCUACAGGCAGCCCGGCUGCUGAUGGUCUCCAUAGGAAACUUUAUUGUGCUCAUUGUGGCAAAGUCUGUUUUUCUGAUACAGUGGAUUGAAUUCAUCUCCUUUUCUGGCCUCCUGUUUGUCGUCUGCUUCAUCUUCUCCAUUAUGGGCCACUAUUACAUCCCCACAAAUCAGGGAAAGAAGAAAAGCCAAAAGGAAUUUCCUGAAGUAGAAUCUGGAGAUCUCCUUGUGACCCAGCAGCUCUAA